AUCCAAAUAUUAGUGAUUAUAAAAGGAUUUAAUUGGAGGAAGAAUAUUGCUUUUGAAUUUUUUUUCUCACUUAUGACUUCUAUUCAAGUUGUGAUUGGAUUAAGAACAAGUUUGAAUCUAGAUGUUGAAUAGUUUGAUGUGAAGGUGACAUAUCUUGGUGUUAAUUUGGAGAAAAAGAUUUAUGCAUAAAAUAAUCAAAUUUCUUGUAUCAUUAUCGUGGUACAUGAUUGAGUCCGUACACAUUUUUCUUUGAUCUACAAAACAAUAGCUCUAAAGGAUUAGACCAACACUAACCAAUAAUAUGCUCAAACCGUACUAGAGAUGCAAAACCAUACAUUGGUUAAGUACACUCUUAUCCUACUAAUCCAUUUCAACUAAAAUCAUGUACCGACACUUUUCAUAGAUUUCAUUUCAUUGUCACUCUCAAACUUUGCAUUCAUCUCAUUCUUCUUUCUUAUUUUUGAAACAUGCCUGAGCAAAUUGUAUCUGGUGUUGCUGAAAACCUCAUUAACAGGUUGGCUUCUGCAGCUUUUCGAGAAUUCGGAAGGAUUUAUGGUGUUAUGGAUGAAUUGGAAAGGCUUAAGAGUACUCUUGACUCCAUCAAAGCUGUGCUCCUUGAUGCUGAAGACAAACAACAACAAAAUCAUGCGGUUCAAGUAUGGAUAAGAAGACUCAAAGAUGAUGUGAUUCAUCCUGCUGAUAAUUUGCUAGAUGAAUUUCUUAUUCAAGAUAUGACUGAUGAAUCUCAUAAGAACAAAAUGACAAAGGUACUUCAUUCCCUCUCUCUAAAUAAGAUUGCUUUUCGGAGUAGAAUGGCUCAUGGGAUUGAAAAAAUACAAAAGAAAUUUAAUGAUGUUGUGAAAGAUAUGAUUGGGUUGAAUCUAAACCCAAAUGCUGUGGUGGCUGAGCAAAGUAACAAUGUAAAUAGAGAAACUAGUUCUUAUAUGCCGGAAUCAAAUAUCAUCGGAAGAGAGGAUGAUAAAAAGAAGAUCGUAAGCUUGUUGAGGCAAUCACAUGGAAAUCAAAAUGUCUCCGUGGUUGCUAUUACAGGGAUUGGUGGCUUGGGAAAGACAGCUCUUGCUCAAUUGGUAUAUAAUGAUGCCGAAGUUGCAAAGAUUUUUGAAAAGCAUAUGUGGGUAUGUGUCUCUAAUAAGUUUGAUGUCAAAACUAUUGUUAAGAAAAUGUUGGAGUCAUUAACUGAAAGCGAAAUUAGCGAUAAGUUACCAUUGGAAAACAUGCAGAAAAUGCUUCGUGACAAUUUAACGGGUAAGAAGUACUUGUUAGUCCUAGAUGACAUUUGGAAUGAGAGUUUUGAAAAAUGGACUCAAUUGAGGAUUUAUUUGAAGUGUGGUGCUCAAGACAGUAAGGUUGUAGUGACAACUCGUACUAAAAUUGUAGCACAAAUAAUGGGUGCAAGUGUCUCUUACACUCUGGAUGGUUUGAAUCCAUUACAAUCUUGGAGUUUGUUGAAGAACAUUAUUACAAAUGGGGAUGAGACUAAAGAAAUGAAUCAUAUUCUUGAACCAAUUGGUAAGAAGAUAGCAGAAAAGUGUAGCGGAGUUCCGCUUGUAAUCAAAACACUGGGAGGCCUAUUACAGGGUAAAAGUGAAAAAAAGGAAUGGAUUGCUAUUUUACAAGGCGACUUUUGGAAAUUAUGUGAAGAGGAAGAAAUCAUCAUGCCAGUGUUGAAACUAAGUUACCAAAACUUGUCGCCUCAACUAAGACAAUGUUUUGCUCAUUGCUCUUUAUAUCCUAAGGAUCGGGUAAUAGAUAAGGAUGAGUUGAUUCAACUUUGGAUGGCACAAGGUAAUCUUGAAUUUUCAGAUGAAAAACAGACCAUGGAAGCCAUCGGUAACCAUUUCGUGAAUAAUUUAUUGAUGAAGUCAUUUUUCCAAGAUGCUGAAGUAGAUAGUGACCGUGAUUUAACUAGUUUUAAAAUGCACGAUUUAAUACAUGAUCUUGCCAUGCAAGUAGCCGGCCACGAUUGUUGUUACUUGGAUAGUGAGACAAAAAGUGUUGUAGGAAGUCCCAUGCAUGUAAUGUUCAGUGAUGCUAUUGGUUUGUUAGAAUCAUUGGAUGCAAGCAGGGUGCGAACUUUAAUUUUCGAGAACAACAUUUCAGGAAAUUGGUAUGAGAAGGAAUUGUCUGUGAUUUCGAAAUUCAAAUACCUACGCUUUUUGAAGCUGUCAUAUUGUUCUAUAAGUAAGUUGUGUGAUUCAAUUGGAAAUUUGAAACAUUUAAGAUAUCUUCAGUUGUGGUACUGUGCAGGACUAGAAGGCAUUUUCAAAUCUAUUAGUAACAUUGUUUGUCUUCAAACACUUAUAUUGGUUGAGUGUCGAGUAUUUGAAUUUUCUACAAAAGAUGUCUUAAGUUUAAUUAAUUUGAGAUAUCUUCAUAUUGAAAAUUUAAAAGCAUUUAAAGAGAAGAAGACAACGGUUGGAUUCGGAAAAUUAAGCCUGGGGGAGCAGUAUAAGGGUUUCAUUUUUACCAACUGGCUUUCGUCCCUCACAAACAUUGUGAAAAUAUUUCUUAGGAACUGUCAAGGUGUGCAAUAUCUCCAACCAAUGGAACGUCUCCCAUUCCUGAAGUAUCUUUUUAUAGGCGACCUUCAUGAGUUGGAGUACAUAUAUUAUGAAGAGUCUCUUUUGUCUGAAGCAUUCUUCCCUUCUUUGGAGGUUCUCAGAAUUUUUAGAUGCGAGAAGUUGAAGGGAUGGUCGAGGAUAAGGGAUGAAAACUCUUCACAAUCAUAUCAUCUCUCCUUUUCGCCUUGUCUUUCUUACUUAACUAUUGUUGAUUGUCCAAUGUUGACUCACAUGCCUACUUUUCCAAACCUCGACAAGAAAUUGGAUUUCUUUGAUUGUAAUACGGACACAUUAGAAGCAACAUUAAACAUGGUAAAGUCGAAUUCUUCGAUUGAAUUCCCUCCACUUUCCUUGCUAAAAUUCUUGAUUCUUGGCGGACACGAGCUGGACGUGAAAACACUCCCAAAUAAUUGGAUGGAAAAUCUGACUUCUCUGAAACAUCUUGAAUUUUAUAAUCUUCCAAAUCAAACAUUUCAAGAAAUUGAAGCUUGGUUUGAGGAAAGACUCAACUAUCUUCCUUCCCUGCAAAAGAUUAAAAUUUCUCAAUGUUUCGAGCUAGAGGCAUUUCCUGUUUGGAUUUGCAAUCUCUCGUCACUUCAGCAUAUAACCAUUUCGGAAUGUCAAAUUUUAGCUUCACUGCCCGAUGGAAUGCCUCAUCUUACCAACUUACAGACCCUUGAAAUCAUUCAAAGUCCCCUUUUAGUUGAAGAAUGCCGGAAAGAAACAAGUGCAACAUCUCUCAAAAUUGCUCACAUCCCAAACAUAAUCUUAAAGUGAUCUUCUCUUAUAGGUACCAAUAUCUUCUUAAAACCACUUGCUAAACUUAUUUGGUGUCCAUUGUUUUAUUUUCUAGAACUUCAAGAAGUAAAUAGAUUUGUAAAUGGCUUUGUUGGAUAUGUAUCAAUGUCCUAUCAUGUUGAUUUUUCUUUCUAACCUCAAAAAAUGCCUUCUCACUUUUCUAUUAUGUUCGUGUCUUAAUUUGCUAUUGCACUUAUUUUCUUUGCCAAUACAUAUUUUUUACGAAGUUUCAUUGUUGGUGAAGUAUGCUUGAACAAAUGUGCUAUUGUUGAAGUCAUGGAAGAAUGGUUGAAGUGACAAUGUCUGGCCAAUAUGUCACUCAUGAUUCUAUAGAGCAAAAUUAUUGUCUUCACCAGUUUUAGUUACUUACUUUUGCGUUUGUGGCAUGACAGUUAUCUAGCUGAUGCGAUCUAUAUGUUCACGAAUGCUGAUGGAAAUGUAGCCGCAACCAAUCCCAAAGGUGUGGCUAGAAGUCACUGCUAGCUUAGUACAUGUGUGUAUCAAUUGGAUCAUUGAGUAAAGGAAAUCAGAGAUAUGGCUUCACCUCCUUCGACGCCACUCUCUCUUGAAAUAGUUGUUGAUGGUGCUAGUGUAUCUCAGUAGUUGCUACUGUAUCUCAAAAUGAUAAUGAGUUGUUGUAAUGGUUAGUAAUUGGAUAAAUAGUUUAUGUAAUAGUAUUUGUUGCCAGUGUAAUGUUAGUAAGAAAUUGUCGUAUAUUGUUAUCUAAGGCUCUAUAUUUCUCAAUUAGAACAUGUUAAAGCUUUAGAUGCACAUUCUUUUCUAACCCGUACAACAAAAAUCAUCAACUUUUAUAAUAUAUCACAAAGAUAAACGAUAA